UUGUUAUUUUCAGUAGAGCUGCAGCUUAGAGGUGGAUAAAGUUCGUCUCCACGUUGGAAGUGAUAGAAAGUAUUAUCCCCGUUCGGACCCCGUUUCUGCGUUUCGGGACGGCGGAUCAACUCAAAGCGGAUACUUCAGGUGUGGGAACACCGAGCCUCGGCGACGGAGGGAACAACGGUUUUUUGUUGAUGAUCGCGCGGUACCGGAGAGAAAAGUUUUCUCAGGACACGAAGUUGUCAAGUGAGUUGAACUUCAACAAUAGGCGGAUUCUACCAGAAGACAGUCGAGAGCUAGGGAGGCACGGGGGCACAUGUAAACAGUCGGUCUUUGGGGUUUUUUAAUAAGAAAAAAGGAGAACUGACCUCAUUCUAGGUGAUAAAAAAACUUUUAUGUCCAGAAAAAUGGAAGCGACGUUUUACGAUGAAGCCGUGAAUGGCUCCAGCUCUCAGCAUGACGGGCCGACGGUGUAUGGGUUCAACCCCAAAACCCUCAAGCAGACCAUGACGCUAAACCUCAACGACCCGAAAAACUUCAGGCCCCAGCUGAGCGCCAAGGCCCUGGACAUCCUGACGUCCCCAGAUGUCGGCUUGCUGAAGCUGGCCUCGCCUGAACUGGAGCGAUUAAUCAUUCAGUCCUGCACCGGACUGACGACACCCACCCCGACCCAGUUCGUCUGUCCCAAGAACAUCACCGACGAGCAGGAGGGGUUCGCGGAGGGGUUUGUGAGGGCUCUGGCGGAGCUCCACUACCACCAGCAGCCCCCCGCCGUCCACCCUGACGCGCAGACCGACGCGAACAACGGCAUGGGAUCCGGCUCCGCUGCGUCCGAAAGCGACGAGAUUCCCUACAGCUGCACGGUACGCACCGACCCUCCGGCGUACACAAACUUGGGGGCUUUCAGCCGGGCCGUGGGCUCUGCGUCUACACCUGCCAGCGAGAGGCACCCGCCUUUGGGUUACCAAGUCGCCCCGCAGCAGUCCCACAAUAACAUGGACCACCUGGCGGCGGCGGCGGCGCAGCACUCGCGGCUACACGCGCUGAAAGAGGAGCCGCAGACGGUGCCCGAGAUGUCCGGCGACACCCCGCCGCUCUCCCCCAUCAACAUGGAGAACCAGGAGCGCAUCAAAGCGGAGAGGAAGCGCCUGAGGAACAGGGUGGCCGCCUCCAAAUGCCGGAAAAGGAAGCUGGAGAGGAUCUCCCGGCUGGAGGACCGGGUCAAAAACCUCAAGAACCAAAACACGGAGCUGGUUUCCUCUGCCAACGUCCUCCGGGACGAGCUGGCUCUGCUCAAGCAAAAGGUCAUGGACCACGUUAACAGCGGCUGCCAGCUCAUUUUGACGCAGCAGCUCCAAGCUUACUAGACUACCAAGGGUUAAAAAACAACAACCAAGGGACAUUUCUUGUGGACCAAAUGCAGCUUAAUGUGGCCCGUUCAGCCAUGCGGGGGAGCCCCUGCGUUUCAUUGACAUUUUCCACCAAAUUAUCCGCUCAAGCUGCACCCACUAAUUUUCUGCAGACAAAGAGCAAGAAUGGAGACUGCAAGAUACUUCGGUCAGUGCGAUGAAUUAUUACAGAGCAGAGGCCACAAAACCUGCAAACCACGGACAAAGCUCAGAGGGAGCUCCUAAUACCCCUCUGAUGCGACUUGUUAGAUUAAAAAAAAAAAAAAAAAAAAACCCCCCCCCCCCCCCCACUCAAAACUACAAGACGUAUUCAGUCACGCUAAUAUGGCAAGUGUCCAUAUCUAAAGCUAAAAUGAAAGUGAUUAAGUCCCAUGCAGCCUUGCGUUCUGACUCCCAGAGCAUGUGUGGGAUCAAAUUUUAAAUUGACAGAAACACAAAAUGUGAACGAGGCGUUGCCCUGCAAAUCUGUCAAGUAGCAAUUUAUGCAUAAAGACUUGAGUCAAGCACUGAGUAUCCCACCAGCGACUAUACAGUAUGUACAAAGUAACACUAACAAAAAGCAAAUCACACCUUUUUUAGGCAAGGACUCUCAUAGGUGUGUGUAGCGUUUACUGACAAAAAAAAAAGAAACCUGCCUUACUUUCUUAACCUUUUAUGUUCAUACAACUUUGUGAUAUAGACCUGAAAUAACACUUUGUAAUAAUAUUUGUACGCUGUCUUUUUGAGCACUUCAGAACUGUAAAUAUGACAAAAUAAAAUGGACACGUGAGUA